ACAGGAGGAAUGGGACAGAAUUGAAUAUUCUAAGAAAAUAAGAAUCGAAUAGAAUAUUAGUUGCUCUCAGUGAGGUGUCGCUACAGCACUCGGCCAAUAGAGGGCGCAGUUUACUCUGCAUAUUAAAGUAUGCCGUAUACAUAGUAAACUCCACGCGCGCGCGCACACACAAUCACACACACUCUCACUCAGUCUAAGCGGUGCGUCCUCCAGCAUGGACCGCACGACACUGGAGCCGGACUCCGCAGUUGCUGCGCUCCCGAUGCUCGGUGAGUUUACGGGAGAAGCCCGGGUCCGCUACACGCUGGUUCUGACGGAGAGGGAGCUCACUUUGCAGAAGCUCGGCACCGGCAGGAGGAAAUCAGGAGCGGUAACUGUGCUGGACCUACAGGACUGUAUAGGCUGCCGCACGUACGGAGCGGAGGAAGGCGCGGACUCGAGCGCGGGCUUGGCGGUGUAUUUCUACCCGGUGAGGAGACGCUGGACUGGGCUGAGUUCAACACCAUGCCGCCGCAGAGUGGAGCUACGCUUCCGGGUGGCAGUGAGCCCGGACCCGCGGACAAACCUGGGGGAGGCGCAGAGAUGGGCCAGAGCUAUCCGGCAGGGGUCCUUCCGCCGGCCAGGUGCGCACAUCAAACCCCCUGAGGGGGUGAUCUCUCCUCACAUACAGAGGCCUUGUAGGUUCCUGGUCCUGAUAAAUCCUCAAAGCGGUAAAGGUCAGGCCCAGGCUAUGUUCAACAACCACAUUCAGCACAUGCUACAGGAAGCCGACAUCACAUACACACUUCAAAUUACAGAGCGUCAGAACCACGCCCGCGAGAUGGUACGAGAAGCGGACCUGUCUCAGUGGGACGCCGUGGUCAUCAUGUCCGGAGACGGUCUGCUGUUUGAGGUCGUGAACGGGCUCAUGGAGAGGGAGGACUGGGAGAAAGCCAUUCAGACUCCUCUCGGCGUGCUGCCUGGAGGUUCGGGGAAUGCACUAGCUGCCUCGAUACACUACUACACUGGGGCACAGCCGGUGUCUGGUGAGGAUCUGCUAGUGAAUUGUGGCUUCAUGUUGUGUAAAGGCUUGGUGUCGCAUCUGGACCUCACUUCAGUCUGCAUGGCAUCCAGCCAGCGCCUGUUCUCCUUCCUGUCCCUCGCUUGGGGCUUUGUGGCUGAUGUGGACAUCGAGAGCGAGAAGUACCGCUACGUCGGAGCAGCUCGUUUCACCAUGGGUACUCUAGUGCGCCUCACCUCACUGAGGGUGUACAAAGGAAAGCUAGCGUACCUUCCUGCCGAGGAAUCUCAAUUUCCUCCGAGCCCUGCUCAGCCAGUGUCCUUCACCAAUGAUUCCAACUCAUCCUCGGUUCAUUCCUCCAUUCAUUCCCACUUGUCAAGGAACUCGAAUUGUCAGAAUCACCUCUUGCACAAUUCAUGCAACUCCAACAAUGCCCACAAACCCAAAUUUAACGGUCAGCCACCAGUGACCACACAAGGCCCCCCAGAUUCCCUCCUUGUACCCUUAGACCAGCCUGUGCCAGCACACUGGACCGUGGUCAAGGAGGAGGAUUUUGUUCUGGUGAUGGCGGUGUAUCAAUCCCACCUUGCUGAAGACUUGAUAGCUGCGCCUGCAUCCAGGCUCGAGGACGGAAUUAUACACCUGAUCUACGUAAAAGCAGGAAUCUCACGCCAAGCCCUCUUGCGCCUCUUCCUGGCCAUGGAGAAAGGUGCCCACUUGAGUACAAACUGCCCCUUUGUGGUGUACGUUAAAGUGCGGGCACUACGACUAGAACCCUAUUCACCUAAAGGGACUAUCACUGUCGAUGGUGAGGUAGUGGAAUACGGGCCAGUACAAGCGCAGAUCUACGGCAGACUUGCCAGGAUUAUAGCCGGAUAGAAUUGCACAUAGAAGGCCAGAAAUGUUUGGCAAAAAAAAAUCUUCUCACAGUGAAUGAAAGAUUGUAGAGUCAAUUAGCAAUAAAAGGAAAUGAUGAUUGCUAGGUCUUUAUUUAUUGUUAGUAUCGAAGUAACGGACAGGUUCUUGCCCUGAUAGAGCUUCCUUUCUUUAAAGGAAGGCUUCACUUGAAAGUGAAGCCUUCACUUUCAACUGAAGGCUUUGUGUGAGUGGACAUUAGAAGAAAUCGUAUUUUCAUAGCACUCCGUCCGCACAAGCUUUGACCCAUUGUUAGCAGCACAUCUUAACAUUUGCAGGAUUGUCUUCUAAGUGAGGUACUACAAUUUUUUGAAAGCAAUGACUUCUAAUGUGUGAUUGAUGUCUGCUGCUGUUUUCAAGGUGCUACUGAUUGUAGGGACAAAUCAUGCAAAAGAUUGAAGAGAAAUUUACUUAUUUUUAUACUGCAGUUUUGUACACGACAUAGACGUCUCCACAUAUCCCACAUUUAUAUGAGAAGCAGUGUAUAACCGGGAGCUUAUGAGUCGGCUGGAUGGGGGUUUGUGUAGAGUGCUUUCAUUUGUCUUUCUUUUUAAAAUGACUUUUUUAUUUUUUAUUUCUUAGCACAUAUAGAAAUAGAAAAUUAAUUCGUUUUUAAAUUAAAGUAUUGACUACAACUCAAUUAUUCAGGAAUCCAAAUAUGAUGUACCACUAAUGUGGAUCACUACAUACUUUUUAAAAAGUAAUAAGAAGAUGAAAGUAAAAGAGCACAUCAUCGAUAUUUUCCAGCUGCUGCAAGUUAAUCAAUUUAAGUGCAGUUAUUAAAAGAUUCAUGAUGUUAGCUGACGUUAUCUUGUAUUUCGAUUCACGUGGUUUGGUAACGUUACCGAAAUAGCUAAUUGGCUCACUUCCAACUGGUCUCCAGUCAAAAUGAGCUCAACACGGUGCACCAGAUUUAUUGAAAUACACCUUGCUCUGUUAUUCACAUUUUUUGUUGGUACAACCUCAGGGUUGGAAUUAAGUUACAACCAUUUCCACCAGCUUAAGGAAGCUCAGUUUACUGUAUCAAUGAGCUCUGUUUGGAGGAUAUCGGUUACUCAGAGUGGUGUCCAUAAUGGGAUAUUUGCACCUCUUCUGUCAAUUAAAUCUCUUCUGUCUGGAUGGUUAUGAAUGAAGCCAGGACAAGUGAGAUUUUAGCAGGAUUUUUUUUCUUCUUUUGAACCUGUUAAUAUGAUCCCAUUAUUGAAUGAGUUAAUAUAUAGAACACUGUAAUCAUGGUAUUCUAUCCUUUGCAGAAGAAAUAUGAGGAUUUCUACCUGUUCUGGUCGUUCUGAUUGAUUAUUUUAUGGACGCUCAGUGAUGACGGUAUGGGGAUGAUCCAAAAAACUACAUUUAGGAAGGACACCAUCAUCCAAUUAUCAUUUGGUAAUUUCCUGAAUAAAUGAAAAAUUUUGGCCUACACAUAGAAAGGCUAUUUUGUAGCCUAGUUUAAAAAAAAAAAAAAAAAAAAAAAACAUUUUCCAAUUUGCAAUGAAUCGGAUGCAACUGAAAUUAUCAGGGCUCUAAUUUUGGGAUGGAAUUUUCCACCUCUAAAAAUUUCCAUUUGGGGUAAAGGGGUAGAAAGUAAUUUCAGAACCAGACAUAAAUAAAAUCCAAGUUAUCCAAGUUCCUAAAGUGUAGCUGAUUUCAUCCGAAUAGGGCUACAGAUACUGUGCUAAUCGAAGAUACAGUGCUGUUUGUAGCUACACUACGGCUAUGUUUUCUUCUUACGAGAUCUUACUGAACAUAAUAGUCAAAUGGAUCACAUGAUAAAAACCCACCGAAACACACAAAUCCAAACUAUAAUUUACGAACCCAUACAUCUUUAUUAGUUCCAAAAGCUUCAUAGCCAAUCAACUAGCACUUCCACUUCACACUGGUAACAGUUUAUUCUCAUGAAAAAUAAUAAAUAAAUGUUUAAUAAAGCUCAAAUCAGACAUUUAUAAAACGGUACGUAUUAGUCUGUACAAACUAUUAAUACAUUUCACAAGUGUCUAAUUUAAGUGUAACAAAUAAGACCUAACAAGACCUUAAUUAACCCUUAAACAGUAUGUGUUUCUUUUAAAAAAAAAAAAAAAAAAAUUGUGUUGCUUGGUUUAACGUUCUUCAUAGGGCAUGAGCAGCGAGCGUAAUGCAACCUCGGUCUCCUAGCGCCGGUUAAUGAUUAGCUUCAAGUCUGUCAUCACCAGGGCAGUUAAUGCUGUCCCAUAAUUAUCUCCUUUAUAAAGUCCGUUUCGACAAGGCUGGCCAAGGCUGCUAGACACGUUGUAAAGUCACUGGAGAUAAACAUGACCACACUUCUCACUGAUUCCACACAUUCUUACAAUUUUUUUUCUCAGAAAACUAGCUGGUGACAUCAUGCAGGGUGUGUCUGAAAGAGUGAUUUAGGGUACUAGUAUUGAUUUGACAGCAUUGCACUGCAGUGGUAGUGGUCCACUUCCAACACAACACCCAUUCCUCCCUCUCCAAAACACACACACACAAACGCACAACCCCACCCUGUCUGAAGACUCAGCUGGUUUGCACUGAUUACAACCCCCAUCAUCUAAACAUCAAUCCCAACCUGCACCUUCUGUUUAUGACUGCAGCAAGAUAAGAUUAUUGUGUUUAUUCCUUACUAAUAUGUAUACAUUCGUAUUUUGAAUAUGAUAAAUGGUAUGUAAUAAUGUUUAAACUAACGCUAUUAAAAGUUGUUCUUGGUGGAAUGAUGCUUGAAUCACAAUACAGCAAAUCAAAUUGGAGGUGCUGGUCGUCUGCCAGUAAAAGGGGGAGGGUGGGGUUACUGACUCGCCUAAAGCUACAUUAAAUAACCAGCACAUCCACAUUUCAUUCUACUCUAGUAAAUACUGGACUAGAAUCAGCACUGUGAGGAAAGUGUCUGCGUCAGAAGCUUUAUUUACACUUCAUUUAUUUCAUUACACAUUCAUUCUUUUGUGAUAAAACUUGCAUGUGCUAGCAGUGCAGCUACUGUGUGGUCACUCAGCCACUGAGUAUAAUCAGUGCAGAUUCCGGCAUUAAAUUAUUCAAAUGUCUGAUGUUAUAGUAAAAACACUAGCUAGACGUGACGUGUAGAAUUUACAAUUUUAUUGCCGUGCACUUCACUGUGGGAUCAACCAGAGGUCAUGACUUUGGCUAUUUCCUUUGGCUAAUUCUUUCAUAAAAUUUCGAUUUGGUUCUUCUGUAGAUUUUUGUUUUUAACCUUUGCUGUGUUAAAAUGUUUGCGUUUUGUUUGUUUUUUAUGUGGGAAGGUGAUUACAUAAUACAGUCACAGUUGAAAGAUUUAAAGUCAGAAACAUUGUUGCUAGGCAACAGGGAAGUAAAGAACGCCAAGAGUUAUCUAGUUCAGGCAUCGUCAAAAUGGUGAACGGUGUUCCGGAUGCGUAGUUAGCGAUGUACUUCCGUGGACCAAAAUGAGUACUUGGGGGGGG